GGAUGCUACGAUAGCCCUUUUAUUUAGCUAUUUGAAAAUUUCACCGAGUCUCCUUGUUGGAUUUAGAACUACCAGCGCCAGUGUACGUUAUCUGGAUUUACAGUACGUGCGAUCAGAUUCCCUUAUCCAUUGGAUUUGUUCCCAUGGGGUCUACAGGAAGAAACGAGACCUAGCCACUGUAAGUUGUUGAUUGGUCAGGUUGCCUGACGCAACGGCAUGUGACGCAAAACGAACACUCCUCAUUGGCUGGACAGAUGGAUAAGAGGACGUAGGUGCGUGUAGUAAAGUCACUACCCGGAACUUGGAUUUGGAAGCAAACGUCUCUGUUGGAAGUACUGAAGCCUGCUUCUGUUCAAGUACUCUACUUUCGAAAAGAUGAGUUCACAGACAAUGCUAUUGAGGUUGUGCCAUCUUCAUGGCUUGGACACACUUCUGAGAUUCAUACGCCAAAGCUGAACAGAAGUGUUUGCAAUUGAUGGAGUCCUCAAGUGUUGAGACAGAGGAUGAUGUGAACACUUUUGCAAUAAGGCAGCGUAAGUGCCCAAGGAGGUUUGUCUCCGAAUCCUCUGAUGAUGAUGAUUCUGCUCCAGUGGUAGCAGCAACCAAGAAGCAACCCAAGACUCUGACUGUGCCUGGAAGCCCUGUGUGUCAGCAGGACCCAAUGCCCCUACCACCACAAUGUAAGUGGUCAACACCAGCCGGGACUGGAGCCAGUCCUCACCACCCUAGCCCAAGUCCUGUUGACCCUGUUCAAGCCAGCAGCCAGGCACUACACCCAAUUCAGUCAGCCAGGCACCUCCAAGAAUCACUGGAAACCUCUUUUGACUCUGUUCAAGCCAGCAGCCGGGCGCUUCAUGACGGACAGGGUGUCUCUGCUAUCGCAGCCAUGUUUGAGAGAAUCACAGAGGCCCACAUGAGUCGCUUGAUGCGGAGGAUCGAGGCUAGGUUUGACAGGACCGAGGCUAGGUUUGACAAGAUUGAGUCAUUGGUGGAGACCAACGCCCCGACACACACGCCUCAACUCCAGCAAGAAGAUGUGGUGUUGGCUAAACCAUGCAGCAUGGUGAUGGAGCUGCUGGAGUUGGAUAGGAGUCUGGAACAACCAGACAAGAGGAACAAGAUGCAACAUUUUCUUGAAACUGUCGGAGGGGCAGGUUUGGGGCAGCCAUUCACCGUAUGCUACGCCGAGCGGCAAAUAAUGAGGUACUCGCCCAGUACAGCUUGCGGGGCAGACGGGCCAAAAUGUCCUUUGAUGACCUCAUUCUGUGCAAGAUUAUAAAGGCUGCAAGUGUCAAAAAAUUUCCUGGCCAUACGGAAGCUGAAGUGGAGGAAUGCCUUGGGCAGACUCUAAAAUUUGCACCACACAGACGAUCAGCUGGUCAGCAGCAACAGAUGGACAAUUGAAUUGUGAACAGUGAAUUUUUAUUCUUUUUUUGUGAACAGUGAUUUUUAUUCUAUUUUUU